AUGAAUGUUCAAUCUACUAUGUGGUGCACUACCGAGAAGAGCACACAAACGGAUGACAUUAAUGUCAAGAAACAAGGAACUGCUACGAUUAUUCUGCCUCUCGAAUACUACGAGAGAAUGCCUUACGCUUACUAUGCCACUCUUUAUAAUCAAUCAGCACAAGCUAAUAACACUAAUACAAUAGGUAAUGAAACAUCUAAAACAGCAACAACAACAACAACAACAACAACAAUAGGUUUUGAAUCAACUGCUACAGGUGAAAAAUCCACAGGUCAUUCCUUGGAGACAAAAAGCAGGUUUGCCACGGAUAUGAAUAUUGAGCAAGUUGAUUUACAGUCGAUUUUGGCUUCUAAUAUUCUCGAAUUAUCGACUUUUUCACCAAUUGUUGAUCAAAAUGAUGAUAUAAUUGUAAUGACACCACCGAUUGUUGAUUCAAGUGAUGAAGCUAUUGAAAAGUCAUCGGCACAAACCACAACAACACCAAACCUACCACGCAAAUCCAAACCCAAAUCAUUAGGGAAACGAAAAACCGAAUGUCUAAGGUCUGAAUUGAGUGCUUGUGACGUAGAGAGCGUAGUACAUGAUUGUGCUGUACCCCCUGUAAAGCUGUAUCGUAGCCAAUUUACGAAUCCGAUUCGGCCUCUCGCUCAUCUCGGGAAAAUACCAAAGAAAAAGUAG